CUCAGUUCAGAUCUGCUGCGUCCGGAGUAACAGAGCGGAUUACAUUCUCCUCUCGGCCGCUCGGAUUCCCUCUCCACACCGGAUCACGCUCCGCUCUGAGCUCAUCGCCGCGCAGCUUACAGACCAGCAGCACUGUAAUUACUCCAUUAUUACUGUAUCAUAGCAGUUUCUCACUAAUAUCAAUGGGUUAAUAUAACUUGCUUAUAAGUGUCAUAAUAACUACAUUCGUAACAGUUACUGUAUAAUUAGCCUUCAGAUUAAUAACUCAAUAACGAGCUGGUGAGCUUUACAGUAACUCACACAGCCAUUUGUACAGCCGUCGCUGUAGUUCCUGCAUAUUUCACAGGUCUGUAAGACCUUCAGGCAACGUUUGGUGUCAGUUACUGAAAAACUCUGGGAAAUAAAUCUUAUAAUAACUAAAGAAAUCAUUUUAUCUGUUAAUUACUCAUAGUAUAGUUCCUCAGAGUCAUUCACACGAACCAUACGACACAGGAAUUUAUACGAUAACUCAAGAUUAAUAAUUAAUAAUCCAAUAAUGAGUUCUGAGUUUAAAGCGUAGAUUACAGGUUUCAUAGUGUUACUUAAGAUGAAAAUAAGUUAAAUGUCUAUGGUGGGCUUUAUGAUUGACUGCACUUACAGAAUAAGUUAUAUUGUUUAUUAAUAAGGUUUGAAAUCAUUAUUUUAAAAAUUUGCCUCAGAGUUUAACAAUUUAAUCUAAAAUGCUUGUUAAUUUUUAACAAUAUCUGCUACAUAAUUCGGAACACCACCUGGAUAGUCAGCCUUAAUAUGAGCCAAGCAUUUAAAGGUUAAAUGUAAAUUACAUCAUUCAUUUAAUCGCAUUUCUAAUAUUAGUUCAUAUCAAAUAUAUGCGUCAAUAUUGUAUAUUAGUGGUGAUAGUAAGUGAUAAGUAUUGAAAAAUUAGCGGUCACUGUCCGGACUUCUGGGGAAUAUCGUGUCCGGGCCUUGAAGAAGGUUCCAGCGAGUUGGAUUGCGGAGGUCAUGUCCAUCACUCCGUCCUUCGGCUUCACGCAGGAGCAGGUGGCGUGCGUGUGCGAGGUUCUUCAGCAGGGCGGCAAUCUGGAGCGUCUGGGCCGCUUUCUGUGGUCACUGCCCGCCUGCGAGCACCUCCACAAGAACGAGUCGGUGCUGAAGGCCAAGGCCGUGGUGGCCUUCCACCGGGGCAACUUCAGGGAGCUCUACAAGAUCCUGGAGAGCCACCAGUUCUCGGCGCAGAAUCACUCCAAGCUGCAGCAGCUGUGGCUGCGGGCGCACUACGCCGAGGCCGAGAGGCUGCGCGGCCGGCCUCUGGGCGCCGUGGGCAAGUACCGAGUCAGGAGGAAGUUCCCCCUGCCCAGGACCAUCUGGGACGGCGAGGAGACCAGCUACUGCUUCAAGGAGAAGUCCAGGAGCGUGCUGAGGGACUGGUACACGCACAACCCCUACCCCUCGCCCCGGGAGAAGAGGGAGCUGGCCCAGGCCACCGGCCUCAGCACCACACAGGUCAGCAACUGGUUCAAAAACAGGAGGCAGAGGGACCGGGCGGCCGAGGCUAAGGAGAGGGAGGGCAGUGAGAGCAGACCGAGCCGCCUCUCGCCGCUGGACGGAGGAAGAAAGUCUCUCAUGUCCAGCUCUGAGGAGGAUUUUUCCCCACCGCAGAGCCCCCGGCACACACACGCUCCCGAGCCCACCCCUCUGAGCUUCCUCCAGGGGGAUGGCGGCCACCCCCCGCUCGGCCUGGGGGUCCAGCAGCAGGGUCAUCCCGUCCAGCUUCAGGACGCUUUACUCGGACCCCUGACGUCCAGUCUGGUGGAGCUUGGCUCUUAGGACGCACGUCCGGAUCUUUACAGGGAAAAUAAACAACUUUGGGUCACUUUCACGGGGAGCUGUGGCGCAGUGGACGCACUGCAGAGAGAAAACGGGGCGACUGCAAUAAACAGAUGGAAGAAGAAAGAGGACUUGGGGGGAUUUCUGGUGUUCCUGGAGGAGAUUUGGGCAUGAAGUUCCACACACUGUCAGAAAGGAACUUGUGAAAGAGUGAAAACACUUUGCUGCCUUAUGUACACAAACCUGUGCAAUUACACCUUAUUUAUGUAGGUAAUGUUGUUAAUACUGUCAAAAAUAAACGAGAAAUAUAGUCUGGA